AUGUCUAAACGCCAUUCUGCCCCUGGCAGUUCAGCGACAUCAGAGGAGCCUCAGCAGCUUCUACAAGGUUUGCAGGGUGAAAAUGUCCAGGACAGAGAUAGCAUGAGAAGGCUGGCAGAGGAAUGUGAGAUGAAUCAGCUCAAAAAAUGUCAGCUUUCCUCCCAGAACAAGGUAUGUGAAUUUUGUGAACAGGGGGAGUUUGAGUCACAGUUAGAUCAAAACCUGAGACGGUUAUGUGUUCAGGUUGAGAAUGCCGAGGUCCAGGGGAUGCUUGAAUCCAAAACACAAGAAGUGCAAGACGAAAGUGUUAUGGACACAGAUGACAUUAGAAGUGUAGCAGAGAAGUGUGAGGAGAAUGACAAUAUGUCUCAGCUCAACUCCAAGGCAAAGCUCAAAGAAGAGCUGUGGAAGUUGAGGUCAUACGUGGAUCAUUUACAUAUUAAGUUUGAGAAAUGUGUCCAUGUUCAGGAUGAGAAUCUUAGUAUCCAGGAGAUGCUAGAAUCAAAAAUAGGCGCACUUGAGUCAGACUUAAGGGAAAAGGAGGAAAGUGUCAGAAAGCUUCAAGAGACACUGGAAUCAGAAAAAAGGACUCUUCAGCUGGACUUAAUUAAGGUGAGGGAGCAAAGUACCAGGGACAUUAUGAAGCUGGAAGAGGAGAAGUUAGAUUUGUGUGUUAAGAAUGAAAAUAUGACUGCUUCUCUAGAGAAACAAUUAGAGGAGAAUACAAACCUAAAGACAACCAUACAAAAUCUUCAGUACCAACUGGAUGUGGCUAGGCAAACGUUCCUGGAUAAUCAGUUAGCGCCUCGGCAGGAGGAGGAGGUAGCUACAGCUUCUAACGCUUCCAGUGUUAAGGUUCGAGCUGCCGAGACUAUUACUGUUGAUGGUCCAGUUGUUGAGGCUCUGAUUGAGGCGGCUCUAAUUGAGGCUUUUGUUAUUGAGGAUCCUGUUGCUGAUGCUGUAGUUGUCGAGACUGUAGUUGUUGAGACUCCAGUUGUCGAGGUUUCAGUUGUUGAGGCUCCUGUUGUUGAGGAUCCAGUUGUCGAGGCUCUUGUGGUUGAGGCUCCAAUUGCUGAGGCUCCUGUUGUUGAGGCUCCAGCUGCUGAUGCUCCAGUUGUUGAGGCCCUAGUUGGUGAGUCUCCAGUUGUUGAGGCAGUUGUUAUUGAGGCUCCAGCUGCUGAGUCUCCUGUUUUUGAGGCUCUUGCUCUUGAGACUCUUGCUGCUGAGGCUCUAGUUUUGGAGGCUCCUGUUGUUGAGGAUCCAGUUGUCCAAGCUCUUGUGGUUGAGGCUUUAGUUGUCAAGGCUCCAGUUGUUGAAUCUUCAGCUACUGAGGCUUCUGUUGUUGAUGUUUCAGCUGCUGAUGCUCUGGUUGUUGAGGCUGCUGUAAUUGAGGCUCCUGAGUCUCCUGUUGUUGAAGUUCAUGCUGCUGAGACUCCUGCUGCUGAGGCUCUAGUUGUUGAGGCUCCUGUGGUUGAGGCUACAGUUGUUGAGUCUUCAGCUGCUGAGGCUCCUGCUGCUGGGUCUCCUGUUGUUGAUGCUCCAGCUGCUGAUGCUCCAGUCGUAAAAGCUCCAGUUGUUGAGGCUGUUGUUACUGAGGCUCCAACUGAUGCUGAGGCUCUUGCUACUGAGACUCUCACUGCUGAGGCUCCAACUGAUGCUGAGGCUCUUGCUGCUGAGACUCUCACUGCUGAGGCUCUAAUUGUUGAGGCUCCAGUUGUCGAGGCUCUUGUUGUUGAGGCUCCAGUUGUUGAAUCUCCAGCUGCUGAGGCCCCUGGUGCUGAGUCUCCUGCUGUUGAUGCUCCAGCUGCUGAGGCUCCUUGUUAA